AUGAAGACAAGGGCUGGGUCUACGAAGGUGUCUGCGCCUGUUGAGAGCGAGUCGACGGUGAUGCCAAACGCUCCCGGGCCUCCGAAGUUUUACAAGACACUGAUCUUACCAUCUGAUGCCUCUGAUGACGCGCGAUUCAUCCAGCUUCAAAACCCUAGGACGGGCAAGCUUACAAGAUAUUAUUUCUGUCCUAAGCUGGGAGUGUUUGAAUUUACUUCAAUUUCACCUCAGUCUUCUACACCGCGGAGCUUACUGUUCGUCAAUUCAACCGAUAGUGAAGCUAAGGACAAUGGCACGGAGUCCAGCGAACAACCAACACAAGAGAAAGGGUUUACCUCAAAGACAGGCCAGCUUCAUGUUGCCACACCCAUAGACAUCGUGUUCUUCAUCCUACCGAUAAUUGUGCCCUCUAAUCGCAAUUCAGGACGUGCCCUUUUUCAACCACUGGACGAUAUAAUAGAUGCCAACGACAAUAUUUCUCCACACCUACGGAAAGUCCUAUAUACGCCAGAGUUCAGAGAAACUAUCGAGAAGAGAAUGGCAUCAGUAUGUGAGACGAUUGACGGUGAUGGGAUGAUGUUCAGGUUCAGUGAAAAGAAACUCGUGGAGGAGUUAUUGAUAAAGGCCGAAAGAAUGGUGAAGAAUGGGCUGCCUCCCAGUCUUGAAGCCAGGUUUGUGCACCAGGCACUGGAGCCCCCCAUGCUCAGUGUGAGCAAAGAAACACCUACGGAACCGGAAGAUGAAACGAAUGAGAGCGAGAAGGACAUGCAGCCCUCCCAAAGCACAAGUGACCCCCAAACGGAGGCGGCUGCCACACAAGCCUCUAUCUCUACCGCCAUCACCGAGCCAGCGGACACUCAAGUGGUACCUGAGCCAAAACCCAGUUACAGCCCCGAAAUAUCUCAUCUUAUGCGUAUUCGGACCGCCCUAUCGUUUAUACAGUCAUCAUAUCUCCAACCCGACCUGUCAACUAAGAUUACUGAAAUAUUAAACUCUUCAUCAUCACCGAAGGACUUCACCGCGCUAGACGAGUAUCUGCAAAACAUUGCCAAACUUCGUGCUGAAGCUCAAGCGUCGAGAUCAAUGUAUGACAUGUCGAGAAGGAAACGUGGGUAUGAGGAUGAUGAAACUGCUGAAGAGAAAGCGGAGAAGAAAAGAAAGGCACAAGAGGAAGAAAAGAAGAAGAAAGCGAGUAUGUCUCGAGGAGUAAGGGAUCUGAAGAAGGUCAAUACAUCGGGAAUGCAGAAGCUGUCAUCUUUCUUUGCGAAAGCACCGGCAAAGAAAUGA